CAGACCAUAUUAAGAAAUCGCAAGAUAUCAUUCCAUGUCACCCCACCACCGCCUACCAAAGGGCUCUUGGGCUCAAUUCUUCACGGCUGACGCCACAUACCUGAACUAUAUCGCCGUUUCGGUUAGUUAAAAUGAUUAUUCCGACAAUUUCUGGUUCUGACAUUUUGUGGAAACUGAACUGCGCUUACAUCCUAGUGGGGUGUCUGCUGCCUGUUGUAGACACUCACAUUAACUGUAAGGUGAUCCAACAUCCUAACUAUACAACGACCUAUGACCUCCAUGAACUACCUGAAUCUCUGCCUUUGGACAAUUGCGAGACCCAGUGGUUGGAUGAAAACAUGACUGUUCUUGCCAAUGACAAAGAGAUAGACGAAAACCGUACUUUGGCUCAGACCAGUCACUCCAUCACCAUCUUAGGCUGCCUGGACAGACUGACCUACUCAAUGGACUGCACGCUGACUGUGGCACCAUUUUGGGACGUGCAGUGCCUCACUAAUUGCAGUCAUGGACCUUACAAACGUGCCACCAAUCUCCACAGUAAUGACCAUGUCCCCAUCAAUCAAGAUGCUAGGAACCACACCGUUGUCUGGGUGCUGAUGGGUGUGGUUGGAGUCGCCGUGUUACUGCUGGGUGUGAAGGCAGCAUAUGUAUUAAAGAAGAGAUAUGUCUGCAAGACAUGGAACAAGAUGUCGACCCAACACUGUUCCUCAGUGUGAUGCUAGCUGGCUGGCUGGAUGUGUGGGUUGGUGGAUGGUGGGGAUGGUUUAAUGCAAUGCAACUGUUUGAGUGUUUAAGAGUUUCCUGUAAUGGUCCUGUGGCAUGACAUAGCACGUGUUACAUUCUGAGACAGCUUUAGUAAACUUAUUCUGACUGUGGAAGUCUAGAGUCUCCUUCAGCUGCACCAGCGAGUGCACAAUGAGUAACUAGGCAUUAUACAAACUAUUCUAAAAUAUUACUACUCUGGGAAAUAAUGACUCAGAAUAAUAUCUCUUGUGGUUUGAAGAAUCAUAUACGGGUUACAUGAAUACUGUCUCAAGGAUAUGAUCAGGAUUAGACUUCAGACCCCCUAAUAUAUAUAUAUAUACACUAUAUAUGAUCAGAGUUAGACUACUACCUCUACCCCCUAAUAUAUACACUAUAUAUGAUCAGGGUUAGACUUCAGACUACUACCUCUACCCCCUAAUAUAUACAAUAUGUAUGAUCAGGGUUAGACUUCAGACCCCCUAAUAUACACACUAUAUAUGAUCAGGGUUAGACUACUACCUCUACCCCCUAAUAUAUACAAUAUAUAUGAUCAGGGUUAGGCUUCAGACUACUCCCUCUACCCCCUAAUAUAUACGAUCAGGGUUAUAUUUCAGACUACUCCCUCUACCCCCUAAUAUAUACAAUAUAUAUGAUCAGGGUUAGAUUUCAGACUACUCCCUCUACCCCUAAUAUAUAUACACUAUAAAUGGAUACUACAUUGAAAGAUGACUGUUCUGUUCACCAUAUUGUUUUAUUGAUCAGAAUAUAUAUAUUUUUAUUGAUCAGAAUAUAUAUUGUUUUAUUGAUCAGAAUAUACUCUUUAUGUAGCUAUUUGCAGAAGACACAUUUCAGUUGAAUGCAUUCAGUUGUACAACUGACUAGGUUGUCUUUCCCUUCAUGUAAUAUUUUGUAUAAUAUUGUAAAUGCUGUACUCAAAUUUAUACAUAAUGUAUAACAUAUAUAUAUAUAUAUACACACACAUCUCAGUAUGUGAUAUUAAUAUUAUGCACAAUAAUUGUGCCAGAUGAAGACAAUGCAACUUACACCCAGGUUGGGGUCACUUCCUUUUCAAUUCAGCCAAUUCAGGAAGUAUACUGAAAGUCAAAUUUCACAUUUUCCUCAAAUUUGAAUUUCAGUUUACUUCCUGAAUUGUCUGAAUUGAAAUGGAUUUGACCCCAACCCUGACUUAACCAUAUGUGUUAAGAGUAAGUCUAGAGUAAGACAUUCUUUUGAGAUUGAAACCAUUGUUGAUUUGAGGGAGACCUAUGAAAUGUUUUUUUGUGUGAUCAUUCCAUGGGUUACUGUCCUUACAUGCUAUAUACAGUUGAAGUUGGAAGUUUACAUACACUAGGUUGGAGUCAUUAAAACUUGUUUUUCAACCACUCCACAAAUGUCUUGUUAACAAACUAUAGUUUUGGCAAGUCGGUUAGG